AUCAAACAAAGCGGCGAAUCUCCGUAUAUAGUGGUCAUGCCACCAACCCAGUCCCCACUGACACGUGUUUUCUUACUAUUGGCGUCGAUGAUAACGAGGAUUUUUCAUUCCCCAAAAUACCCUCCGUCAAGUCCGUCAGCUCUCCCAUCCCCGGAAGACAACAGCAGACCCAUUUUCGGGAAUCAAGCAACUAAAUUUUGACGUCGCCAAUAGCAGCCCUUGCCCUCCAAAAUAAACAAAUGGAAUGUGAACACCACCCAUUGGCAGCAGCGUAGCUACAAAAAGCCACUUCUCCCUCCUCCACUUCCACACAGAUAUCAAUAGUUCUCUUUUUUUUCUUUCAUUAAUCUGAUUUCAAUCUGCUCUUUUGCCAUGGCGAAUCUGAACGGAGAGUCGGCGGAUCUGAGGGCGACGUUUCUGGGGGUUUAUUCGGUGCUUAAAUCUGAGCUCUUGAACGACCCUGCUUUCGAGUGGACUGAUGGUUCUCGUCAAUGGGUCGAGCGUAUGCUGGACUAUAAUGUACCUGGAGGGAAAUUAAACCGAGGCCUGUCAGUCAUUGAUAGCUACAAGUUACUAAAAGGAGGAAAAGAUCUAACUGAUGAUGAAGUGUUUCUAGCUAGUGCUCUUGGCUGGUGUGUUGAAUGGCUCCAGGCAUAUUUUCUUGUACUUGAUGAUAUUAUGGAUAAUUCUCACACACGACGUGGUCAGCCAUGCUGGUUUAGAGUCCCCAAGGUUGGUAUGAUUGCCAUAAAUGAUGGAAUCAUUCUCCGGAACCAUAUCCCCAGAAUUCUUAAGAAGCACUUCAGAACAAAGCCUUACUAUGUUGAUCUGCUGGAUUUGUUCAAUGAGGUGGAAUUUCAAACUGCUUCUGGACAGAUGAUAGAUUUAAUUACCACUAUUGAAGGAGAAAAAGAUUUAUCAAAAUACUCAUUGCCUCUUCAUCGCCGCAUUGUUCAGUACAAGACGGCCUACUACUCAUUUUACCUCCCAGUUGCUUGUGCGUUGCUCAUGGCGGGUGAGGACCUGGAGAAACAUCCAACAGUGAAGGAUGUGCUUAUUAAUAUGGGAAUAUACUUUCAAGUACAGGAUGACUAUUUAGAUUGCUUUGGUGAGCCUGAAAAGAUUGGGAAGAUUGGAACAGAUAUUGAAGAUUUCAAAUGUUCUUGGCUGGUUGUAAAGGCCCUGGAGCUUUGUAACGAAGAACAGAAGAAAACUCUUUUCGAGCACUAUGGAAAGGAAGAUCCAGCUGAUGUUGCAAAAAUCAAAGUCCUCUAUAAUGAGAUUAAUCUACAAGGUGUGUUUGCUGAGUUUGAGAGCAAGAGCUACGAGAAACUAAAUAGCUCGAUUGAAGCUCAUCCCAGCAAAUCUGUGCAAGCAGUGCUCAAGUCUUUCUUGGGCAAGAUAUACAAGAGGCAGAAAUAAGAAAAUGAACUCUCACCACAGGAAUGAAGCAGAAUCAAAAGAAUCCCACUUCAUAUCCUGUCCUGAUGCAUCUUUGUAGCUAAUCCUGUUUGUAUAACUAUUUGUGGUUUUUAUUAGUAUUUUCAAGCGGAGCAGUGUCAUUUUUUCACAAGGGAAAUAACGUUUUUCUGCAUUGUACUAGUAUAAUAAAUCUGAUGAUUUUCCUAAA